AUGAGGACGCGUCAUCUUCCGGCUGCUCUGCUCGCCGGCCGGCCUGGUCGCCAUCCCAACCUCUGCUCCGUCGGCAAGGCAGCGCAGUGCCACCCACAGGGUCAGACAAAUGCCAUAGCCGUCCACCCUCAGGACAGCCCCACCCGACAGAGUUUCAUGUUGUCUCUGCAAGUUCUCCGUGUUGCCACAAAUAAUUUUUCUGAGGAAAAUGUGCUUGGCCGCGGCGGAUUCGGCAUCGUUUACAAGGGGGUGCUGCACGAUGGGACAAUUAUUGCUGUGAAGAGAAUGCUGUCCACGGUAAUCAGCAACGAGCCCAUUGAUCAGUUCCAAGCAGAAAUCGCAAUCCUGAAGGUGCAGCACCGCCACCUCGUGUCUAUACUGGGGUACUCGGUCGAAGACAACGAGAGGCUGCUCGUCUACGAGCACAUGCCCAAUGGUUCUAUGAGCAAGCAUCUCUUCCGGUGGAAGCUGCUAGGCUUGGAACCCCUCUCCUGGAAGAAGCGGCUCAGCAUUGCACUGGACGUCGCUCGUGGUAUGGAGUACCUCCACUCGCUGGCGCAGCACUGCUUUAUCCACAGGGACCUAAAGCCGGCGAACAUCCUGCUCGGGGACGACUUCCGCGCAAAGGUGGUAGACUUCGGGCUGCUCAGGCCGGCACCAGACAGGAAUGCUUCGGUGAAGACAAACGUGGCAGGAACUUGGAGCUAUUUACACCAGAAUAUGUUGUUAUGUUAA